ACCAAGUGAUUGGCGGAGGGCGACGAGCGCGCUGUUGCAACGUCAAACAUCGUCCCCCUAGUUGUGCCAUGCGCAUUAACGGUUGUUGUUGUUGAACUGGUUGUUAUGGCUGAACAAGGCCUCGGACUCAAUUGAGAGAGGACCCCCGUACCACCCCCGUCUCCGCCACGGGACACCUGGCACCCAUGGAGGGCACGGACAUGGACGUGGACGCGGAGCUCAUGCAGAAGUUCAGCUGCAUGGGCACCACGGACAAGGACGUCCUUAUUUCGGAGUUCCAGAGGCUGCUGGGCUUUCAGCUCAACCCUGCCGGCUGCGCCUUCUUCCUGGACAUGACCAACUGGAAUCUGCAGGCUGCUAUUGGUGCAUAUUAUGACUUUGAAAGUCCCAAUGUCAACACCCCAUCUAUGUCCUUUGUUGAGGAUGUGACAAUUGGGGAAGGAGAGUCUGUCCCUCCAGAUACGCUGUUCACUAAGACCUGGAGGAUACAAAACACAGGUGCAGAGUCAUGGCCACCGGGCGUUUGUCUCAAGUACAUUGGAGGCGAUCAGUUUGGGCAUGUAAACACAGUUAUUGUGAAGUCGCUAGAUCCCCAGGAAAUAUCAGAUGUGAGUGUGCAGAUGCGAAGUCCCACAACUCCUGGCAUGUACCAGGGCCAGUGGAGGAUGUGUACUGCCACUGGAUUAUUUUAUGGAGAUGUAAUAUGGGUGAUUCUUAGUGUAGAAGUUGGAGGUCUUCUUGGAGUGACCCAGCAGCUAUCUUCCUUCGAGACAGAAUUCAACACUCAGCCCCAGCGCAAUGUGCAGGGAGACUUCAACCCUUUUGCCUCACCACAGAAGAACAAGCAUGAUGCCACUGACAACAGUUUCAGAGAUCCAGGUGGAGCCUGGGAACGCACGCAAGAGCCAAUCCAGCAAGAUCAGAAUGGACUGUCUCAUAAUGCUGUAAAUAGGGCGUCAAAUGGUCUCCAAACUAAUCUUUCUGUGGUAACUUAUGGACAGGGACCCUACCCAUUUGGACAGAGCUAGAAUGACAAAGACCCCUCUCCCCCACGGUGAAUGAAGAGCUUAGCACCCUGGGAGUCCUUAAACACAGAGGAGUUGGAGGGGGAGAGGAACAGUUGUUUUAUAUUGACUCAUGACAACCCUCUUCCAAAAACAACCCGUGACCCUUUCCACAGAAACACAGAGGACAGUGAGGUGAUGGAUUACAUCAGCUGCCGUGAAACAUCCCACCUGACAUCAACACCUGGACUCGCAUGUGUGAAUGCUUCAUUUAAGAGUGCUAUAAACCUUUACGAAUAGA